GAGUCUGGUACAACUGGAAGCUAAUGUGGCUGCGACGUCUGCAACUCCUCUGGCUAUAGACAGUGUUAAGUUAAAAUAAGUUUGAACAUCAUACCAUACUGUCUCAUAUCCAAUCCGCAACUUGACUUUGUCUGAAAAUGAACUCUCAAAAUCCAAACUUGUGUAAACAAAAUUCCAAUAACCUGCCUAUUCCUUGCGUUUAUUCUGCAAACCCUGCUAGCGGGAAGCACAAAUUGUCUGUUCAAAAAGAAAAUCCCCGAGCCCCAACGAUCUGUUUUGUCUUUGCGGUGCGAGACUUAUCAGCGCCGGAGAGCUAUAUGAGCUAUAAAAGAGGCACUGACUGGGCGUAUCAGUCAUCAGUCGCUCAGCAUCUGCAACCACAGCAACAGCCAAAGCCCAGCCCCUAGUUUCCAAAAAAUAUUCAAUACCAGAACUCAAUAUGAACUUUUACAAGGUCUUCAUCUUCGUUGCGCUCAUUCUGGCCAUCAGCUUUGGUCAAUCCGAGGCUGGUUGGUUGAAGAAGAUUGGGAAGAAAAUUGAACGCAUUGGCCAGCACACUCGGGACGCCACCAUCCAGGGAUUGGGUAUUGCCCAACAGGCUGCGAAUGUGGCCGCCACGGCCAGAGGCUAAGAUUAUGGACAAAUUAUGAUUAUUUAUUACAAAAUUAUUUAUUUAGUUGUAGUGUUUUAAAGUAAAAAAUAUAACUUUAAAUAUAUUUAACAGAAAACAUUAAAA